UAUAUUGUUGCCUCUUAUUGCACCCCUCUUGUUGUGUUUUUCUUCUUUCUUCUCUGCCAGAAGCUCAAACUUGAUUUUUUCCUCUUCAAAAACUAAAUUUUUUUCAUUUUAUUUAAAAAAAGAAAAGAAUUGAAUCCCCCAAAUCAAAAGGCAAAGCUAUGUCAGGUCUGUAUAACUCCAACUUUUCUCCUGCUAGAGCUGCUUCUCCACAGAUCAGAACCACUCCAGAUGUUGACAGUCAGUACUUAUCAGAACUGUUGGCAGAGCAUCAAAAGCUUGGACCUUUCAUGCAAGUCCUUCCUAUAUGCAGCCGGCUGUUAAAUCAAGAGAUAUUUCGAGUCUCAGGAAUGAUGGCCAACCAAGGAUUUGGCGACCUUGACCGGUUGAGGCAUAGAAGCCCCAGUCCCAUGGCUUCUUCAAACCUUAUGUCAAAUGUUUCUGGCACCGGAUUAGGCGGCUGGAAUAGUCUUACCCAAGAGAGACUAAGUGGGCCACCUGGGAUGACAAUGGACUGGCAAGGUGCCCCAGCAAGCCCUAGUUCAUACACUGUGAAGAGGAUUUUGCGUCUUGAAAUUCCUGUUGAUACAUAUCCAAACUUCAAUUUUGUUGGACGACUUCUAGGCCCUAGAGGAAAUUCAUUAAAGCGGGUGGAAGCUACUACUGGCUGCCGUGUGUACAUUAGAGGAAAAGGAUCAAUAAAGGAUCCGGACAAGGAAGAGAAGCUCAGAGGUAGACCUGGAUAUGAGCACCUGAAUGAUCCGCUUCACAUCUUAAUCGAGGCCGAUUUGCCUGCUAAUAUUGUUGAUACACGGCUUAGACAGGCACAGGAAAUCAUAGAGGAAUUACUUAAACCUGUGGAUGAGUCGCAAGAUUUUAUCAAGAGACAGCAGUUGCGGGAGCUGGCAAUGCUAAAUUCAAACUUCAGAGAGGAUAGUCCGGGUCCAAGCGGCAGUGUCUCACCUUUUAAUUCAAGUGGAAUGAAACGUCCCAAAACCGGGCGCUGAGAAAUAAACCAGAAAUCAUCUGAAAUUGUUUCUACCGGCCUGGGGUUUCGUCAUAGCCAAGUAUAUCUUCUGAUGCAUAUUGGUUGGGUGUAACUUUGGAAAGAUUAGGCUAACAGUUGUUGGUGGUGAGCUUUCUGGUGGGAAUGUCAUCGUUAAACUGUUUUGCCUUCUGAAAAAAUAACAAAAAGAAAAAAAAGAAAAUUGGGUCUUGGAGGUCAAUACUCAGUUUUGCUGUAAACUCUGAAUACAUUCAUUGGAUUUAUUCUUGUGUUAGUAGGUUUAAGGAGUGUGAAAUAUAUAAUAUAAAUAUAAAAAUAUUAAUGAUGAGGUGGGAUUCAUCUGAGUUUUGUAGGGAUGUGUAUUUGUGUCAUGUUAUUUUGAUUCCUUUUGUAGUUUACAUGAAGCAUGUAAUGUAGGUCCAGAUGGGUUGGGUCGGGUCAGGUAUAUUAUAUUCUUUUUUUGGGUCUGAGUAUCCGAAGCACAUGGAUCUUCUCUCUUAUGUCACUCAAAUGUAGUUAGAAACGUUAUUUGAGAGAUGAUUAUCAUUAUUAUUAUUAUUAUUAUUAUUAUUAUUAUUAUUAUUGAUGGCUGGUUGGCUGCAGCCUGGAAUUUGUAUCUUUAAUUUAAAGCUUUUAUGAUGGAGAUUUGGUUGAACAAUAGAUUCGGAAGUUCUCAA